GAGGACGCCGCCCCGCGCGCGCCGCGGACGGGGGCCGGGCGGGCGGCUUGGCAGAGGCCGCCGAGGAAGAAGACGACCGGCCCGAAGACGGGGUUUUCGAGGACGAGCAGGACUCCGAAGCCGACCCAGGAGCCGUGGCCGAGGCGGCCGAGCACGAGCGACUGCCCGAAGGGUUGGCGGCCUUUCCAGCGGAUCAUUCGGUCAAGAUGACUCAGGCGAAGAAGGCCCGCGCGGAGGCCGAGAAGGCCCGCGACUUCUACUGCGGCGGCGGGAAGACUGGGGGCAGUGUCAACGCAGAGAGGAUCAAAGGAGGGGCGACUUCGGUGAGCGCGGUGGCCAAUCCCGCCGACGCAGUGGAGCAGGGGCCAGAGGAGGCCCCCGCGGUCGCGGGCGCUCGGAGCGUGCUGAUCGCUGAGACUGGCGACAAGCUGUGGUUGAUCGUGGUGAAUACCGCUUGUGCGGAGUCCGUGGCAGGGCUUGCGUGGUGCCGGCCGCUGUCGGCGCGCGCGCGGAAGACCUGGGGAUGCGAGCUCGAGACCGACAAGGCCGCGAGCCCUACAGGUGCCCAGACGGGGCUGGCAGCGCGCAUCCACGUAGAGGAGGGCGAGAGCACCCUCGGAGCGAUCAGCUGGGCCAGGUUGCCGCUCAAGGAGCCGAGCUCGGGGCGCGCGGCGAUGUCUACCCUCGACUGCGGGACGUCGGGUCCGAGUGCGUGGGUCGGCGACGCAGUCGGCCGAUGCUGGGCAGGUGCCGAGGCGAACGACGAGCGAGACGAGGCCGCGAUGGCGCUGGCGACCGCAGCCCCUCUCGGCUCAAAGCAUCCACAAGGGCACUCGCAAGGGCGAGCGGGCGCCGUGCUCGGCGGCGCGCGCGGGCUCGCGCGGGCGCUGCCGUGGCCCCGGGCGGUCGCGCCGUGCCGCGGCGGAGCGGCGGGGGGCCGUCUGGCCCUGCAGGUGGUGCGUCUGGCCUGGGCGGCCCAGUGCCAGAACCCGCUGGUGGGCUACCUGGAGACGAG